AUGGUGGGCCUGGCCAAGCUGAGUCCAGCCCUGUACUGCAGGCUCAGCCUGGCCAGGUCCAGCAUUAAACUCUGCCUCCAAAACCAGCUGGACCUGGCCAGGCCCAGCCCAGCAUCUAUCUGUGGGCUCAGCCUGGCAGCAUCCAGAUUUAUAGUGCAGGUGGGAUUCAGUGCUGAACCUGGCCAGGCUGCAGGCCUUGAUGACUGCCUCCAACAAUACAUAAAAAACUUCGAGAGGGAAAAGAUCAAUGGGGAGCAGCUAUUGCACAUUACUCAUCAGGAGCUUGAAGAGUUGGGAGUCACUCGGAUUGGCCACCAAGAACUCAUCCUGGAAGCGGUGGAUCUGCUGUGUGCUUUGAAUUAUGGAUUGGAGACGGAGAACCUGCGGACGCUCUCUCACAAGUUGAACGCCUCGGCCAAAAACCUUCAGAACUUCAUAACGGGUAGAAGGAGGAGCGGCCAUUACGAUGGCAGGGCCUCCCGAAGACUGCCAAAUGAUUUUCUGACCUCUGUUGUUGACUUGAUUGGUGCUGCCAAGAACUUGCUUGCCUGGCUGGACAGGUCUCCGUUUGUCAGUGUGACAGAAUACUCUCUGCUGAAAAAUAACAUUGUUCAACUGUGCCUGGAACUAACAACCAUUGUGCAACAGGAUUGCACAGUGUAUGAAACAGAAAAUAAAAUUCUCCAUGUGUGUAAAACUCUUUCUGGAAUCUGUGACCACAUCAUCUCUCUCUCAUCCGACUCUCUGGUCUCGCAAUCAGCUCACCUCGAAGUUGUUCAUCUUACCAGCAUCAUGCCGAGCGAAGGUUUGGGGAUGUAUAUCAAGUCAACGUAUGAUGGGCUACACGUGAUCACUGGAACAACAGAAAAUUCUCCCGCGGAUCAGUGCAAGAAGAUCCACGCAGGGGAUGAAGUGAUCCAGGUCAACCAUCAAACUGUGGUCGGCUGGCAGCUAAAGAACCUGGUAAAUGCGUUGCGUGAAGACCCCAAUGGAGUCAUCCUAACCUUGAAGAAACGGCCUCAGAACACCCUGGUAUCUGCUCCUGCUCUUCUGAAGAAUGUGCGGUGGAAACCUCUUGCCCUGCAGCCUGUGAUUCCAACAAGCCCGACAAACAGCUCCACAACCCCUACCAGCACGAUGGGCAUGAGCUCUAAAAUAGACAGCUCGACUCUCCAAGAUGUUUUCAUCCUGUCCCCGAUGUCAGGACUCUAUGGCCCAAGAGACGAAAUCGGAAUAAUGUCAUGCGACGACAUCAGCAAGUACGGCGUCGGAAAGACUGGGAUGAAAGGUUCUGAGUCCCCGAGCUACUUUUUGGAGCAUGAAAGUGGAAAGUAUUACACAUUAAUCGAAGGCGAGGGCCAUCCAGCGAGCUCUGAAUAUGAACGAGGCCGAGCGACCGGGGUGCGGCGGAGAGAGAAGACUCCCACACACGGUGAUCUGAGACCAGUUUCUAUGCCAACAGAAUACAGCUGGAUAGGAGAAUCAAAAGAGCCAAAUAUGUACAAGAGGGGCAGCCGAGAUUCUGAGAAUUCACUCCUGCGGUAUCUGAGCGACGACAAGAUCUUGGUGAUCCAGGAGGAGCCUUUGACUCAGAAAGACAACAAGAGGGACACUGGUCGCAGGUCGCGGAAAAAGGGCAAGAACAGCGGGAGCCCCAAUUACCCCAUUAGCCCCUCCAUGUUGACCUCAUCUGUGAGCGUACGGCUUGAACCUGGGCAGCAAGAGGUCUUGAAUUUCUCCUUAGCUGAGAGCAACACUGUGCCUCUUUAUCACCGAACGGGCGACACAGUUGGUGGAGAUUCUGAAAGAUAUGCAAGUUCUGCCAUCGAGCGCCAAGGAGGCAUGUCAAUGAGGAAGUCUUUUCACUACGCUUCCUUGCGGGUCAAAAGCAAAAAAUGGCCCAAAGGAGGGUCGCUGAACAACAGCAGCCGGCGGCGGAUUUCCUGCAAGGACUUGGGGCACGGCGAUUGCGAGGGCUGGUUGUGGAAGAAGAAGGAUGCCAAAGGCUACUUCACCCAGAAGUGGAAGAAAUACUGGUUUGUCCUGAAGGAUUCGUCCCUCUAUUGGUACACUAACCAGAAUGAUGAAAAAGCAGAAGGAUUCAUCAGUUUGCCAGAGUUCAGGAUAGACAGAGCCAUUGAAUGCCGGAGGAAACAGCUUCCCCACGACCCGUUCAUAAUGCUCUACGGCGGCUGGUCAUCAAAAGGCUGCCGAUUUGAGGAGCGCCGCAGGAAUGACAUCAGCGCUGAGGGGGGCUGCGAGGCGCAGGCGCGAAGCGCCGAAGCUGGCAAGUCCGGGGCGGCUGGGCGUUGUCAUGCCUCCCUAUGGAUGAACCGUCUGGGUCUUGCCGCCAUCGGUUACACUCCUGAUGACAAAGAUAUUCAGCCAGAUGAAGCAGAUUACUGGAGUGAAAGCGACCAGGAAGAUAUUGAUGGCUCCCUAACACUGAAACAAGAUGGCCCCAUAACCCUUUGUGAUACUUACCACCAAACGCCCUCGAUGAAUUCUUCGAGUCCAUUCCCUGAGCCUAAACAAGGCCGGCACUUCUCCAGCGAAUCCACCUAUUCUCAUUCUUCUGCGGAAGAUUCCCGACAAGAUCCGACAGGGAGCACACACUCCUCGGGCUGCAGGCCUCCGUACAGAGAAAGGCGCUCGUGGCAGGACCUCAUAGAGACCCCGCUGACCAGUUCAGGGCUCCAUUUCCUCCAGACUGUUCCCCCUGACUCUGAGUAUGUGAGCGGCCGGCUUGGAAUGUCACCCGAGAGGCGGAGGCAGGCGACGCUGCCAGUCCAAAGACGACACAACCUUGAACAGGACGGUCCCUUCCCGUUGGUGGAGUGCUACCGAGGUCAAAGUUCCCACACCAGGCCCCAGAAGCAACGGAGUCAAAGCCUUCCGCGAAACAGAGAUGUCCGAGUCAAAGGCUGCGUAAAACCCGCCGGGAUAACAGAAGAGAGAUCCGAAGAGCAAGCGCACAGUAAAAAGCAAAGCAGUUUGUGCGAAGAAGAAAACACAGAAGAACUAAGAAAGAGUAAAGAUGGUCUGCAUGAGUUGUACAAGACCCUGGAGCAAGCAAGUUUGUCUGCCUUUGGAGAGCAGCGUCCGUCCACCAAGCAGGAAUUCCGGCGGUCCUUUGUGAAAAGGUGCAAUGACCCCGUGAUUAAUGAAAAGCUCCAUCGCAUCAGAGUACUCAGGAGUACUUUAAAAGCAAAGGAAGGAGACCUGUCCCUAAUCAACAGCCUCCUGCACGACCCCACCUUAACGUCAAAGAAAUACAAAGAAUGGAAAGUCAAGAACUAUGAAUUUUUCGUGGACGUUUGUGAGUACAGCGCAGCUUUGAAAGCUCAGAACGGAGCAUCUGAACUCACCAGCCCCGCCCCCCUGCUGACACACACGCAUUCCUUCAUCGAAACGCACGUCUGACAGGCUGUAGCCC